UACAUAGAAAGUGAACAUAUAGACUAUGUGACUUGUUCAAGUCUCCCCUCACUCUGUAUGUAUUUAACACUGUCUGUUGCUGCUAUUCUGCUCCUGUUUGUUGCGCCGCCGCUGCUCCUGGAUGAUCCGCGUUUUUCUCUUCUUUUUACACACACACACACGGUGUCUCUUCUGCAGCAACCAUAAAAGAAGCUGUUGGAUGGCAAUCCGCUUUUAGUCUCAGCCAUUCGGUUGGACAGUGCUGCGUCCGCAAUUGUCGUCAAAAAAUUUAUAGAAAUUACACUGGUGACCUGAAUUUGACACGGAAACAUCAUCAGAGCGUGAAUAAUAUGAGUGUGAACGCUUUAACGGUAUGAGGUUGUUAUGUGAUUGGCUUUGUGAUUCCAUCUGCCUCGAAAGACGGGAAAAUUGUCGUCAUGAUCUCGUCAUCAGUUGGAUCCAAAUUUUAGGAAAUGCUGGAGAUGAGAGAAAUCUAAAGAAAAGGUACAACAUAAGAGGCCAUCCAUCAUUUCUUCAUGUCACCUAACGUCCGGUCGACUUCUUCUUGGACGGCCACUCGGAAGAAGUAGUUUAAUCCCUUGUGCGCGCUCACCAUUAUUUGGAAACAAAAGAAAAGGCCUAAAACAAGAGAACGAAAAUUCGUAUUGUAAGGAAAAAAACGAUUUCCAAUUAGGGCGAUCUGCUACAUGAAGAAUUCGAGGAUUUAUACCUUUUUAUAAUAAGAUUUACAACAAAAUUCUUUCGAAGAGAAUUUGUUUCGUUGUGCUGCCGUUGUGCUUCAUCAAAGAGGAUGAAAGGACGACUCCUCUUUCUGGAUUCAUCUACUACUUUCGUUCAUCGACCAUCUCAGCUACUGUUUCCACUCGCUUUUCUAAUGCUACUCUUCCCAUCGUCGCUCGUGGUCGUUACAUCGGAGCCCGUCACGAAACCCAACACUCCAUUGACUUUCGGUAGUGAAAGUAGCUAUUAUAGUCGGAAAAAAACGAGUGCCGAUUCUUUGGCUGAUAUGAAACCGACGUCAGUAGCUGAUCUUAUGGAAAAUUACGAUUUUGAACAAGCCAACAAUCCGUCAACGUCGCAGCUACCUCCGGGUAGUGACGAAACGUUCAUUACGCGCCAAAAUGUUGUUCAUCACCACCACCAACAGACGGAUAUUCCACUCCAGUUGAGCGACAUCCUACCAGCCGAUCGUCGGUCCUACGACAAAAUGGAACCACCAAAAAGAGAUGGCAAACCGACGACCGUCUUCUUCCACGUCACCGUCAUGAGUUUGGAUUCCAUCGACGAGAGCUCAAUGACGUUCGCGGCCGACAUUUUCUUCUCGCAAACGUGGCAAGAUUACCGGCUGCGUUUCCCGGACAACCUGACGGCCGACUACCGACUGCUGCCCACCUCCUGGCUCAAUUCCAUGUGGAGACCCGACUCGUUUUUCAAAAACGCCAAAAAAGUCACUUUCCAGGAUAUCACCAUACCCAACCACUACAUCUGGCUCUACAAGGAUAAGAGCAUUCUCUACAUGGUCAAAUUGACGUUGAUCCUGUCGUGCUCGAUGAAUUUCCAUCUCUACCCGCACGACACGCAGCAGUGCGCCAUGAAGAUUGAAAGUCUUUCUCACACGACGGACGAUUUAGUUUUCAAUUGGGAAUUGAAAACGCCUUUAGUCGUCGACGACCGCAUCGAACUGCCGCAAUUAGACCUCGUCAAUUCGGCCAUUGGCGACUGCCUUCAAGUGUAUUCCACCGGUAAUUUCACAUGCUUGGAGGUGAUCCUCUCCUUCCGACGCCGUCUCGGCUACUAUCUGUUCCACACGUACAUCCCAACAUGCCUGAUCGUCGUCAUGUCCUGGAUCUCCUUCUGGAUACGGCCGGAAGCCGUGCCGGCACGAGUCACGCUGGGAGUCACAUCCCUCCUGACGCUGCACACCCAGCAUGCCAAUUCGCAGAAGGCUCUGCCACCCGUCUCUUACAUUAAGGCUAUUGACGUGUUCAUGUCCGGCUGCACCGUCUUCGUCUUUUUCUCGCUGAUGGAGUACGCCCUGGUCAACAUCCUCAUGGGCGACAUCGUCGACGGCGAAGAGAGCGCCCUCAAGAAAGGCAUGAAGUCCAUGUUUAUGACAUCCGGUGGCAACAACAGGGGCGGAUCGUCUCGAGUGCCAACGACGACCAGUCAACAAUUGAUGGAAAUCCAACCGCAUUGCAUGCUGAAGAAUCCCGCAGCGCAGCCGUCAACGUCGAUGCAACGAUCGAAGAGUAUGAUGACACCAUCGAUGAGUUGUUACAGACCACAACAACAGCAGACGAGAUGCGCUAGCAGCCGACAGCAUCACGCCGUGGAAAUCCAUCAUCUGGACGAUGAGAGCGGAUCGUUGGCGGGGAGACUGGCUGGCAGAUCGCCUUCGCUCGCCGAACAACGAAGAGAACCACAAACAAUCAUUCCGGCCGCAGUUUCUUCUCGACAUGCUUGCCGUCAGCAAGUGCAAGAGACGAGCCUCCAAUUGAGUCAACAAUUGAACGCCAUUUUGCCGUCGGCGGAGGAUUGUCCAAUUUCGCCACAAACGCCGUCCAUCUGCACCGCAGUCCAGCGUAAGAAAAGCAACACAAUUGGACAUCCAGCGACAACGGAGAACGGUCGCCUGCCUCUUAUUUCUUCCCUCCAUUCCGCUGGAAAAACAGCGGACCCCGGUGGUAAUCAUUCUAGGCCGACCAUAUCAGCGGCCAGCCCUCCAGCGACGCCGGGACGUCGGGCACAACACCAGGCGCACGUUCACGGCCAUCAAUUUCAGAGCCCCAAUAGCCCGAUGAGCUCGCUCAAUCUCGCGCAAUUGCGUCGGGCCAGAGCUAUUGCCGUCGAUCGGAUUUCCCGCACCUGCUUCCCGCUCAGUUUCUUUCUCCUCAAUGUUAUCUAUUGGUCGGUUUUCCUCAAUAGCGGAGACGACCUUAAUCUUCCUCCACAAAGCGCCGGCCAGCCCUGAAUUGCAACUUUAAAGAAAAACAGAUUCGUUUUUUUUUUUGGAAUGAGUUUUUAAUAUGCAUAAGACUUUACACAAGUUACUAUUUACAUUUAAAAGAAAUUUGCAUAAUUUAUCAUAUAAGACAAUAGUAGUACUCACUACGUUACAAUUAUUACUUUUAACUCUAUUUACACCCAUACACACACGUAACAUCACAAUUUGCAAAAUAGGGAUUUUAUACUUACGAUUUGCAUAUAUAGUCGAAAAUGUUCCUUUUCGCCACCUAUAGACGAAUUUCCACCCUUUUGUUUCAUUGCUACCCAUUUUGUACAUAUUCACCGAUCUUCCACGUUCACCAUCCUCUCAUCUGCAUAACGUGAUUAAGUUCAUUGUCUUUUACUACCACACCAACCGCGUGGUGUCGAGGGUCUCAAAUGUGUCCCCGAUUUAAAAGAAAAUGGCACCACUUUCUUAUUACUACAAAUGAAAGAUGAUAAUACCAAAAAAAAAAUAGACAAAAUGGAACACUAUAUUAAAUAAAAUCUACAACGUUUGAAAA